GACGUUUCAUUCUUUAUUUGUUAUCUAGAAAUCGAAAAUAAAUAAUUAGUUUGAACUGAUUUAUUUGUUUGUUGAUGAAUUUUGUUUAAUGCAUUAUAAUGCAUUAUCAUAAGAAUUGUGUUACUAAUAUCCAUUGAUUAUAUUUCAAUACUUUCCCAUUACCUAACAGAACUAUCACACUCUCUUUUAUCUAUAUAUUACGAUAUUAGAUAAUAUAAUAUCGUAUGAUAAAAUGUACAUAAAGAAAUUUUUUUCUCAAUGACACAUUGAUUCUUGAUCAUGUUAGUUCUUCACUAUACUACUAAUAAAGAGAAAAAGAAUUUUAAGAUCGAUAUUUUUCAUUUUUUCUGAAACAAAAAUAAUAACAAGAACAUUUACGAAAUCGAUUUUCGAUGAAUUUGUUUUUGUUUAUAAUGAUAAUUGAAUAUCAAACAUUUUCCAAUUUGAUUUUAUUGUUAAUUUUAAUGGAAAUCAAAUUUCUUUUUCAUGAAAUAUUUGAACAUUUUCAUUAAAUGUUAUUAUUUCAACAAUUACAUUAAUCAUUCAACUUUCUCAAACAUUCAUUUUAAUUUACGUUAAACAUUCAUUUCUUUUGGAAAUCUUUAUUUUAUCAUUUCGAUUAUCAAUUCAAAUCGGUUGAUUUUUCCAUUGAAUUCUAUGACUAAGCAGAACUAAAACGACAGAAUUUCAUCUAAAUUAAAAAUUCGAUCGAUUUUGGUAGCACUAUCAAUUUCCAUUUCUUUAAGUUUGGAAUUUAAUUUAAUUUAAUUGUCAUUUGAAUUUCAACAUCCUGUUUGUUUUACAUCCUAUCAAAGAAAUUUUCUUCAUAUGAAGAAUUAUUUUAAAUAACUAAAAUUUGUUUUAAUCAUCAUCAAAAAAUAUAUUUACAAAUGAUAAAUUAAUGAAUUGUAAAAUAAAAUAUCUAACUGCUUUUUAAAAUUUUUUCCCACAAACAAUAUGUGAAUAAUUUUUAUUUAUAUUUGAUAAAAACAAAAAAGAUGAAGAUUUAUCUUUGUUAUUUAUCUUGAGAAAAUUUCAGCUAAAAGAAAUUAAGUAUUUUCAAUAAGAAAAAUGUUUGAAAUAAAAUUAAAUAUUUUUUUCAUUUAAUAUUUCGCAUUGUUGUAAAAUAAUGUACGAAUAUUUAAUACAAAUGCGAUUUUUUUCCGUCAAAAAAUGACAUAAAAAAGAUCAAUUAAUUAUAAAAGCCAUAUUCGUGAUUGUGAGAAAAAUAAGUAAUUAAUUCAAUAACUUACGACUAAUCUUAACACAAGAAUAAAUAUAAUACAAAAAAUUAAUUCCUUAGAUAGAACUAUUAUCUCAUUUCAGAAUAAGCAAAUCAAUAAAAUCAUUAUUCACUUCAGAUUUUUUACUUCUCUUUUACCACUAUAUAGUUAACACUAGAGAAAUUAAUCUACAUUGGGAAAUAAAAUAUGAAUUAAACUUAAAUCAUUUUGAAAUGCCACGUAAGAAAAUAACACGAAAUUUACUAGAAAAUAUCAAGAACAAACAGGUCCAUUAUCAUCAAAUAAUGAUGAUGAUAAUAAUAAUAAUCGUGCUAAUGUUAACCCAUUAUCAUUACCACCAACAAGAUUCGGAUACGAAUUGUUGCUAGAUCAGUACAAAAUGAUUAUAGAUGAAAAUAAACGUUUAAAAAACCAAAUCGAAUAUCUUGAAAAACAGUUGAUGGACAAGGAAAAAGACGAUACUGGAAAUUUUCUACUUCUUAUACCUCGAGUUGCAUAUAAUCAAUUAAAUGAAGGAAAUGAAGCAGAAGAAGGAAAUGGAGAAGAAGGAGAUGGAGAAGAAGCAAAUGAAAAUGAUGGAAAACAACAGCAACAAGAAGAUAAAGAUAAAGAUGAAGAAAAGAAAAAAACCGAAUUGAAAAAAAAGAUUAAGAAAAUAGCAAAUGUAUUAGGUUUAUCGUAUAAUGAAUUAAAAGGUUGUAAAAAGAAGCGGAUCACAACAACAUGCCGCAAGGAUUCACCGAAAAAUAAUUGA